UUGGUCUUUCUAAAAAGAAUAGUUUUUUUAACAGUUAAUUAUUUUUUGAGAGAAAUUUUCUUUCAAAAAUUAAAAAUUAUGGAUCAAAAUAAAGAAGGACAAGUUCAACAACAAGGAGGAGGACAACAACAACAAGAAUUGUCAGAGAAUGUAACAGCAGCUUCACAACAACAAGGGCAACAUGCCAGUAAAGAAGAUGAACAACAGACAAUCAAGAAAAGUUGUGUUAAAGAUGAAAAUGGGUUUACCUACUAUAAAUGUCGUUUUUGUGGAUUAACUUUUAACUUUAUGACGACUUUAAAGGCACACGAAAGGGUACAUGAUAUUAUCCAGCCGUAUACUUGCAAUAAAUGUGGAGAAGCAUUUCAUUAUAUGUGUGAAUUGGAAUAUCAUGCAAAAACUCAUCUAACUCAGAAGGGAUACAAAUGUGAAUGUGGACGAACGUUUUUUCAAUACACCGAUCUUCUUAAUCAUCGUCACCCUGGAGAGGACCCACCAGAACCAGCAGUUCCCCCAAUACCUUCACUUGUCGAAACAUUACCUCAAUUAAUUUCAGCAGCAACUUUAAAAGCAGAAAGGGAAAUGGAAUUGCCGACACCGGAAUUUAAAGAAAAGGGGUUUGAACCAAAGUAUCAAAAUCGUGUAUGGACUGAUAUUCGUUCAAAGCCGUAUAUUUGUCAAUACUGCUCUAAGAGUUAUUCAGACAGUCGGCAAUUAGCCUACCAUAUGUAUAGCCAUCGUGGAGAAAGAGCAUUUAAUCCGAGGGCUAGUCGUUAUUUGAUGUGCAGAAAUGAGAAUUCCUACAUAUCUUCUGGAAUUGAUCUUAAAGAUGCUUAAGUGGAGUGAUAGUUGUUAUGUGUUUUUAAAAAAGAGAGAAAGAAAAAAAAGAAACAGUGAAAAACAUUGUUUUUAUUUAGAAAAUAAAAACUUGGUCAAGUUUUAUUUUUGUUUCAAGUUUGCAAUUCAAGUUUUAGGUUGAUUUUUAAGUUUGUGCUUCAAGUUUUAAGUUGAUUUUUUAAAGUUUAUUUUUCAAGUUUUAUUUUUUCUAGUUUGUUCUUAAGUUUUUAUUUUUAAGUUUUCGAUUUUGCUGUAUUCAAGUUUAUUCUUAAGUUUCAAGUUUGUGCUUCAAGUUUUGUAUUUCCUUCAAGUUUAUUUUUCGAUGCUUCAAGUUUUUAGUACUAACAAUAAGAA